AUGGAUUUACCCAAGGGCCUGGUCAAGGAUGACAGGCGCAUCUAUGAUGAUGUCGCGUCACUCACGCAGCCUCUUCCGGCAGAUUUCAUCAUAAGAAUGUGGCGCCUCUACACCACAACAAACCUCAAGCUAGUUGAUCCCACCGCACGUCGUCUAGAAAACCUUUGGUGGCAUGUGAUGGGCAGCGACAGGUGUAGGCUGAAAGCAGCCACCGUGGCCAAGCUUUGGGAACAUAUCUCAUACGGCCCUACCUUUGUGCCUCUCAAAGGCUCACCAAACCGCUGGGAGGGGCCCUCGACGCCCCGUUUCAACAGCCAGCAUGAAUCCGAUCCGCUUCUCAGCGCUCAGCAGAUGAACCAGGAUAUCAAGAUGAUUUCAGAGCAGUCGGCACUCAAGGAGCUCUCUGCUUCGUCGUCCCGACCACCACCGCCGCAUCCAAUCCUGAAGAAAACCAGGGGGGAUUCAAAAUCUGGACCCCGUCCGACGGCUCGGUUUGUAUCGCCACCUGAGUCUGCUGACGAGGACUACAAAACCAGCGAGGGGGCGUCGUCCGGGAGCACAGCAGCCAGUGGCCUGGAAAUGCGCAUCUCAUCAAUAGCAUCACCGACAAAAUCGAGCAAGAAGAAAGCACCGACCCCGGCCAAACGCUUCGUUGCCUCGGCUGCGAACAAGAGAAGACCAGUCCUUCCAAGAAGGAUGAGUUCACAGUCCUCAACAAGCUCUGACGUCAUGGCCAAAGACACUGGUUCUGCAAACGGAACCAAACACGUUGGGACUUACACCGUGAUGCUGCCCCAUGCUGAGCAGAGUGUAACCCAGGGUAGUAUUGGUCCCGAAGAGGUCGAGAAACCCCCAAGCGCCAAAGCCGCGGCAGAAACCGCUUGUUGUUCAAACGACAAGCCGAGCACCAGCACCCGCGCCGCUGAGCAGAUCCAUAAGCGAACUAUCUGGCUACGAGGGAAACGGAGCGAGAAACGAAGACCCCAGGACGCCUACGAGCAUUUCAGCUGCAUCGCCCGUGCUCUCGUCACCAAGGACCGGGUCCUUUUCGUCAUCGCGUUCACGCCUAGAACCGACAACAUCGAUUUCUGA